AUGCGCCAACCAGUUUCAAUUCCAAAUGCUCAUCAAGGCUCAACACUGCAUGCUGGUGGGAGCCACAAUGGAAGCGACGGCAACAAACCAAAACGGCCUUCCGAUUAUUCGCAUCGAAGCAGCAAUGUACUUUCUCCCCGAAGUGUAGCAUCAGGACAACGGGUGAUUCCUCUUGGCGGAGGGGGCGGUAGCAAUGACGUCCAUCAGAACAAGCAGCCUUCAGGACCUCGCUCCGCACACUUGCAACCAAAGACAGAGGUCACUGCCGUGAGCCAGACAUCUGGAUCAAAGGGUGCCGAGGAAAAUUUGGCAUCUGGGGAGUUGGACAAACAAGAACAGGCUUUAUUUGAGCAACGAUUGUGCGAAGAUGAGUUCGGUGUUGCGGUUCGAAAAAUCAAUCAGAAUGGCAAAUCGAAUCUGCGAUAUGUGCGAUGCAUUGAAGUGGACCUAAUGGAGCUCGACGACGAAGCGCCUGCUUCUUCUAAUAGAUCAGUGUCGUCUAUAUCCAAAGGGUCAAAAUCGUUUGUGAAGGGGUUGGCAAGUCUAUUGCGGUCAGAUAGAAGUACCACCAGAAGUCGGUCAGAAAGUGUUGAUAGAAAUGAGUUGACUGAUUUUUCCAAUUUACUUCCUGGUGGAACAAUGGUCAGAUGUCUUACGUGGGGCAAGAAAAAGGGUGUGAGAAUUCCUCUGGAACGAUUCACGUCGGUUCGGAAGGGCAAGACGACAGAUCGCACCAAGCGCAAUGCUUGCCCAUCCGUCCGAAUCUUGUCCCUUAUUACUAAUGAUCCCUAUCAUCGCUCUCUUGAUAUCGAAGCACCUACUCGACUGGAUCGAGACAAGUUUGCCAAAGCAUUUUCAAAGUUUUUGAAUAUUCCGUUGGAAACAGAUGAAAAUAGAAGCACUCGCUCGGACUUGACUCCAGUAGCCAAAUCGAGAGAUUUUAUAGCCAAAGUUGAAAUCAAUAGCAAUCAAAAGAAUGUUCCUGUGCCUGUUGUAACGACAACAAGUGCAUCGCCAAAUCGACUUCCACCCUCAUGUAGAAUAAACGCAAAUGCAGACAAGGGAAUGGGAAAGUUGCCUCGAGCAGGAGGGCCAAUGGAGCUGCCGAGCAAAACAUCGACUGCAAAGGACGAGCAAUCAACUCCGAUCCAGCUACCCAAAGCCAAUGUAGUUUCGCCUUCGAAUAAGCGAAAGUCAUCGGCAAGUAAAUCACUGCCUUCUGCACGAUUGGAAUUACCUCCUGCAGAUGAUGCGUCUGCAGUUUCGUCGAUCACAGGCGUUGGGGUAGAUCAGGAAAUUAUCGAAGAGAUGCAUAAUGCGUUGACUGUGUUGCGUGCGGAACUGGACGAAAGUCGAGCCGAAGCUGCACGAGCAGUGAAGGUUGCGGAACAAGCCAUUCAGAGUGCGGAAAAUAACAACAGUAAGGACUGGCAUAGUACUGUGACACACAAAGCUGCAGAAGCUGCUGCCCUCGCCCAAAAGAAGUCCGCGGCUGCCUUGGCGCGGGCCCGACAAGCUGAAGAUAAGUUCGAGAUAGAAAGACAAAAUGCGGCCAAGUGGCAAAAGCAGGCGCAGUCAGCCGAGGAAGAUGCAGGAUAUUGGCGGACGCGAGCUGCAGCUGCGGAAGUAGAGAGGUCUUCGAUCGCGGAUUCUUUGGAGACAGACCGAAACAACAUUGUUGCGCUUCUGUCUUCUAUGAGAGAAAAGAAUGGCUCCGAUCUGGAGGGGGGAAAGCGAAAUCGUGCCCUGAAAGCCGAGCUGGAAAUCCUACGUUCCUCGUUAGCAAGUCGAGAUGCAGAAGUCAUGGCUCUUCGUAAUUGCAUGUCGGAAGUUGAAUCCACCCCUGAAGCAUAUCAAGUUCUGAGGAGAAAACCAAGAUUCCUCAAUUAUUUAGAAAGUGCAAGAUCUCACGGUCAAGGUGGGGGCACUUUUACUGCGCGAGGUAUAGUACAGUCCCAAUCGCAGGUUGAACAGCUGCGUUCGAAGCUGGCCAUGGAAACCACUGUGCGAAGGAAACUACAGCAUGAAGUCUUGGAUCUUCGAGGAGCUGUCCGAGUAUACUGUCGUCCUCGAGCCAUAACCUCAGGUAUCUCAGCACUUUCGACGCCGUCACGAGAAGUUGUUGUGCUUCAUAGAGAACGGAGCGAAGAUGAGAUGCCGAAUUCUACACCUCUGAGCUUCGAAUUCGAUGGUAUCGUUACUCCGGAUAUGGAUCAACAGGAACUCUACAGCGAAAUGGAACAGGUUUGUUUGAAUGUGCUCGAUGGCUUUAACUCUACAAUCAUGACGUUUGGUCCAUCUCGAGCUGGCAAGACGUUCACCAUGCUCGGUGACGUUGGAUACAGCAUUGCAGCUGACAGUAUUGAACCAGUUUUAUCACUGAACAAUUUUGGUGUUCACCUUCGAGCAGCCCGGCAACUAUUCUCGGUAAUUGAACAGCGCAGUGACAAAUACAACGAUACAGUUACAUUUUCUGUUCUUGAAGUGCACGAGGAGAAACUCUAUGACUUACUAGUUGGCACUGACAUUGGUGAAUCACACGGUACUCGAGAAAUGCCUGUGAAGAACACCCGGCGUCGAGCAGGUUCUACGUGUAGCUCUUCAUCAGCGAUGGGGAACUCUGAGCAACUACUGAAGCUCGAGCUCAAGACGAACCACGAUGGUGAAACUUGUAUUAGCGGGCUUAUCUCAGUUCAGGUGAAUAGUUUUGAGGAUGUAUGUCGUGUCUGGAAGGAGUGCCUGAGCAGACGGGUAUCGCGCCUUGCGGAACAAGGAAUUCGGUUGGAAGGUCACGACCACAAUUGCCACACCAUAGGAACCAUGAGAAUCUCAUCAACAAAUCUAUCGACCGGCAGCGGGACCCUUGGGAAAGUGCAAUUUGUGGACUUUGCUGCUUCAGACAUUGUCAAGGAAAGCCGUCCUGUGAGGGCCUCCAAUCCCGACAUGCUGUCAAGUGUUGGCCCAGAUCUAAGGUUCGCGAACAAGUCAAUAGCGACUCUCAGUGAUGUUGUACACGCGAGAAGUCAGUUCCAAAGAUCUGUUCCGUACCGAAAUUCCACCAUUACGCAUCUGCUUAGCGAUAGCUUGGAAGCUGACACAAAGGUCGUGAUGAUUGCUUGUGUAAGCUCCGAUGUCGCUGACAUUCAAGAAACGGCAUGCACACUAAAGUUCGCCGAACGUAUGCGACAAGUGAUAGUCGGCAAGGCUACAACGCAUUCACUAAGGACCAAUGCAUAG